GCGGCGGCCCCACCGGGGAACCGAGCGGCUGGUGGCCACCGAGUCGGUUCUGGAUGUAGGAAAUAUGAGUGACUGGCAGAGGAAAAGCCCUCUAGACUGGCAAACAUAUGUGAACAAAAUGGUCAAAGUUGCUGCAAUUGAGAAGCAUGAAUAUGAAGGAUGGGUCUUAACAGUUGAUCCAGUUUCUGCCAGUAUUGUCCUUGCGACAUUCCUGGAGAAUGAAAAAGUGUCCAUAUCAGUUGUCUUGGGCCAUGCUGUCCAGGAGGUCGAAAUACUGAAAGAAGGGGAUGAUGAAAUGAAGCAACGGCUUUCUUGCAUAUUUGCACCUGAAGAAAGCAAAGCCUACAGCCCAGAGGAACUUGAAAAGAGGAAGAACGACUUGAAGACUUGGCUAGAAACAAACCACAUCCCCGUAACAGAGCAAGGUGAAUCGGGAAGAACGCUAUGCGUGGCGGGGGUAUUAACUAUUGACCCACCAUACGGCCCAGAAGAGUGCAGCAGCUCCAAUGAGAUUAUUCUGUCUCGGGUUCAAGGCUUGGUACAGGGCUAUCUUGAAAAACAACAGUGAUGUCUGCUGCUUAAAGCUGUUGUCUUUAGGAAUGGGUCUACCCGCCCUACUUUAGGAACGGUCCUGGGAAUCAAUAUUCACUAUUUGCAAAAAUGCUGGGUUUAGCUACUGUUGUCCGAUUUUUAUAUGUUAAGAAAGGGAUAAAACCAGUAUAAACUAAAAGCACGAAGUAUUUUCCGUGCUCUAUUUUUUUUAUGAAAAGCAAGCCAUUGGAUAAUGAUGAUGUAUUAAACUAAUAUAUCAGUUUACUGUAUCAGUAUUAAGCUGAUACAUCAGUUUAAGAAGUAUUUUUUGUAACAGUAUUGUGAAAGAUGAUAUAUGAUAAACUGUGUUUUCCUCUGCCUUUAAAAUUAAUUCAAUUCCUUAUCUAGCGGUGUAGGCAUGUUUAUUUGAACUGCUUACCAGAUUUUAUUUUUUUCAGAAAGAGAAUUGUGAAACUUGGCCUUCCCAAACUACAUGCAAAAAUUGUUCAGAAAGCUCUUUUUGUCUUUUUCCCCCAACUGUUCUCCUGUUUUAGAACAUGAAUUGUAAUGCACGUCCAAGUUUGUAAAAUUAUUGGGGAAAGUUAGCAGGCAAAUUGCAGGUUUUAAAAACACUUCCUAUCUAUAUUUGUUAUUUUAGAGCAGCAGCGAUUAGAAGACCUUUGCUCUUUAGAAUUUCUUGCGGUUCACUAAGUUUCUGUUUCUUAAUGCUUUGUUUCUAGCUUACGGCAACACACAAUGCAAGAAUCAUUACAUGAUUAUUCCUGAGGUUGUUAAUCCAGUCAGGACCUUUUAGAGCCCUCGUUUAUUUCUUAGUGUAUUGAUUUGUUCUGUCUUAUUAUGAGAUAGCACCAAAACACGUUAGUGCGCUCAAAGCCUGUCUAACCCACGUUAAUAAAAGGCCUUCCUCA